CAGGAGAAUGCUUAGAUACGGUAAUAUUCUGCAACCUCUGUACUGAAGACGGUUUUCUGCUGCCACUCAUCUUUGCUAUAUCUGUCUUUCCAUGGGUAAAAAAGAAUACGAGGCGGAAUGUGCCUAUGCUCAACAGAGAGAAACAGAAAUCGUCUCAGGUAACGAUGAAUCUUUUGCAUCGAAAAGGGCUCUCUUAUCGGCGUGCAGAAGACUCAUGUCCGAGGAGAAAUGGCGAAAAAAAAUCUCAACUAUGUAGAAAAUUUUCGGAGCACUCGCUGCACAUAUCCGUACUGGGGCGGG